AAUUAUGCCCAUUGAUAACGCGUUAUCACACAUAACUUUACUUUUGGGCAGUGAAGACUUUUUUCAUUCUACCUACAGAAUAAAGGCAUUUUUCGAAUGUAAAUGGAAGAAGUAGUACAACAGAUGACGAGAAACAUGAAAUUCUCGAAGCAAUCCGAUUCAAAUCGAACAUUUCGAAUAUAUCGAGUUCUUCAACCUGAUCGAUUCACUGUUUCCAGAACGUCGAAUCUAGAUGGCCAUGUGAAUAUCAACGGUAAAGAGCGAAGUCUGAGGCGAUUCAGAAAGAUGUCCUGCUACAUAAUGCAAGACGACUGCCUGUCACCUCAUUUAACCGUCAAGGAGGCCAUGCAGGUCUCAGCGAAUCUCAAAUUAGGUAAAGGCAUCACGCAGGCGGAUAAGAAAAUCGUUAUCAAUGAGAUUUUAGAGACACUAGGACUACAAGACUGCAUAGACACAAAUUCCUCGAGUCUAUCAGGAGGUCAGAGAAAACGUCUCUCCAUCGCAUUGGAGCUAGUCAACAACCCACCAGUGAUGUUUUUCGAUGAACCGACCAGCGGUUUGGACAGUUCCUCGUGUUUUCAGUGUCUCUGUUUGUUGAAAUCCCUAGCGAGGGGCGGUAGGACUAUCAUUUGUACCAUCCAUCAGCCUUCCGCGAGGCUCUUCGAGAUGUUUGACCAUCUGUAUAUGCUGGCGGAGGGACAGUGCAUAUAUAGGGGGCCGGUCAUGGGACUCGUGCCGUUCUUAUCAAGUAUGGGUUGAAUUGUCCCAGUUAUCACAACCCAGCGGAUUAUGUGAUGGAGGUGGCAUGCGGGGAACACGGCGAUUACCUUCAAAAGCUCGUGAUAGCAGUGAACGCAGGCAGAUGCAAGAAAUUUGCGAAUCUCGCUCUUGACACCGCCGUUAGCAAUCGGCUGAUAGCCAAUGACAUUUCCAAGGAAGCGAGUCCUUUGAAGCCUCCCGAAGACGUGGGAGGAGGAGGAGGCGGAGGAGGCAUACCUGCAGCGUUGCCAAAUGGAUCAGCUGUCAAAACCCCCACUACUCCUGCCACUUGCACCACUAGUUUAUUGGACUCCUCGGAACAUCUGACGCCGCUUGAGAAAAACGGAUUUCCAACAACGGGAUGGCAACAAUUUGUGAUCUUACUGAAACGAAGUAUGUAUAUAAUCCUCAUGGACAAAACACUAACCCGAAUGAGAUUGGUCUCACACUUCAUCAUCGGAUGUCUCAUUGGUCUCAUCUACUACGAUAUAGGCGACAAUGCUGCCAAAGUCAUGAGUAAUGCUGGAUGCUUGUUUUUCUGUGUCAUGUUCAUGAUGUUUACCGCCAUGAUGCCUACCAUUUUAACUUUUCCUUUGGAAAUGUCAAUUUUUAUAAGGGAACAUCUGAACUACUGGUACUCUUUAAAGGCGUACUAUCUAGCUAAGACCUUAGCUGAUAUACCAUUUCAGAUAAUCUUGACAACGUGUUACGUGGUCGGCGUUUAUUUCAUAACCUCGCAACCCCUGGAUGCACAAAGAUUCGGCAUGUUUCUUCUUUCUGCCGUGCUCAUAGCUCUAGUUUCUCAAGCUACGGCCUCUUAG